UGGGGUGUGGUUGAAGAAAGAAUUCAGAGUGGAAAGAGAGAAAGAUGGGAGAAAAUGGUGAGGAAGAGAGCAUGGAGAGGGUGUUGAAGUACCAUCCCAAUUGCCCUGGUUGCAAGGUUGAUCUCUACAAAAACUCAAACAAAGGUUAUCCCUUUCGAGAACUGACUUUCAUAUGGAUCGUUGUUCUCUCUUGUGCUCUGCCAAUUGUUUCUCUCUUCCCUUAUCUCUAUUUUAUGAUUAGAGAUUUGAACAUUGCUAAAAGAGAGGAGGAUAUUGGAUACUAUGCUGGUUUUGUUGGUGCUUCCUACAUGCUUGGGCGAGCUUUGGUUUCUAUUUUCUGGGGAAGAAUGGCCGAUCGUUAUGGUAGAAAACCUGUCAUAAUAAUAGGACUUGCUACAGUGGUUAUUUUUAAUACUCUAUUUGGACUUAAUCUAAGCUAUUGGAUGGCCAUCACUACAAGAUUUCUUCUUGGAUGUUUUAGUGGUGCACUUGUAGCAAUAAGGGCAUAUGCAACUGAAAUAUUUAGAGAAGAACACCAAGCUUUAGGAUUAUCAACGGUUAUGACAGCAUGGGGAAUUGGGCUGAUCAUUGGCCCAGCAAUAGGAGGCUUUUUAGUCCAGCCUGCAGAAAAAUAUCCGAAUAUAUUUUCAAAAAAUUCAUUCCUCGGGAGGUUUCCUUAUUUCUUGCCAUGCUUUUGUAUAUCGUCUAUGGCAUUCGUAGUGCUUAUUGUUUCUUUCUGGUGUCCGGAAACAUUGCACAACCACAACAAAUCAAAUAGUGAAUCAAUAGAAAGUUUGGAAACACCCUUAUUAUUAGAUGGGAAUAGUGGAAAUGGAAAGAAAAGUAGUAAUAAAAGCCUUUUAAAGAAUUGGCCCCUUAUGUCUGCGAUCAUUGCUUACUGUGUUUUCUGCCUUCAUGACAUGGCAUAUUCCGAGAUUUUCUCAUUAUGGGCAGUGAGUCCCAAAAAAUUUGGGGGUUUGAGUUAUUCAACCGAACAAAUUGGUGAAGUUCUUGCAAUUUCAGGUUUUUCUAUGAUUAUCUCCCAGACAUUUUUAUACCCGUACCUGGCAAAGCUUAUGGGAACGAUAUUGGUUUCUCGCGUUGCAGGGAUUUUAUCCAUUCCUCUGCUGGCCAGUUAUCCCUUUCUAAUAGCAUUCUCAGGGGUCACUCUUUGGAUACUCUUAAAUGUGUCAUCACUAUUGAAGAAUGCUCUAUCUCUACUCAUUUGCACUUCCUUGACCAUAAUGCAAAAUAGAGCUGUGGAUCAAGAUCAAAGAGGUGCUGCUAAUGGCAUUGCAAUGACUACAAUGUCUCUUGCUAAAGCAAUUGGUCCAUCUAUAGGUGGUGUAAUGAUUUCUUGGGCACAAACCCGUCUUGGUGCCUCCAUUCUUCCGGGUAUGCAGAUGGUUUUCUUUAUCUUAAAUGUGAUCGAGCUGAUUGGAGUGUUUAUGACGUUCAAACCAUUCUUAACAAUGCCAUAAUUGAGAACCAAAUGAAAUAUUAUUGUCUAUUUGCAUACAUACAGUAACAUAAAUCCAUAUUGUUUAUGGAUUUUUUUUGUUUGUGCUAGUUUGCUUUGUAUUGUAAGAUAGAGCGCAUUUUCAUAUAUUAAUAUUGAUUGUAAAACUUUGCUGAAUGAAACUUCCAUAUUUUGCCUCAAAA